UUUAAAAUUGGCGUAUUAAAUUUUCGCUUCCAAUUUACACUAAAAUUUUGGUUCUCAAGAACGAUGAUGAAAUGAACGUGGGUGAUGUCAGGGUUAUUACAUCCCAAUUUGUAUAAAUUAGCCGAACCGGAAUUUGGCAAAACGUUACGAAUAUUGGUAUGGCUGAAUGGAGAUUUUUACAGUAACGGACAUGAGAUUUUACUCAAUCCCAAGCAUCACAGAACUUGGAAUGCAAUAUUAGCUUUUUUAACAGACACUACGAACCCUAGUUUUGGUGCAAUUAGAAAACUUAUCCACUUAGAGAGUAACAAAGUCGUAUUGUCCUUCACGGAAUUACUUCCGAAUGCCAAAUAUAUAGCUGCUGGAAACGAAAAAUUAAAAUUAGCCAAAAAUGGUUAUCUAACUGCAGAGGAAAGGCGAAAUUUGCCAACAAGAAACUUUACCAACAGAAUGCCAAGAAUCAAAAAAACCGAAGAACUAAAAGCGAUAUUAGAUUUUAUAGCCUAUACGAAAAAGAAGAAACGCACGAUUAUCUACACCAUGGUAAACGGAAGACUCAAUCAGAAACCUUGUAAGAUUGUUUUAACGGCGUCAGAUUUUGAGGACUGGCAUAUUAUUCUAGAAUAUUUGAGCCACAGAUUAGACAUUCCUGAAGGAAUUAAAUACAUUUGCAACGUUGUAGGCCGUGUAAUUCAAAAUCCUCACGAACUACAGCACGGCGAACUCUACAUCGCGGUGCCCUUCAACCGAAAAUUUGUGAAGCUCGGUUACGUCAAGCUGUUUUUUGAAUUAAUGCGGGAAAGAAGGGGCAAAGGAAAGAUAAUUCACAAAAUUAAAGGAAAAACAACUAAACAAACAACUCCUUCUAUAUUGGGAUUUCAUCCUCCUAGUCGUGUACAGACUCCUGAUUUAAGAAGAUACGACAAAUGUUUAAGUCAUAAAUGCGCAAAUCGGGAUUGUAAAGAGAUCACAGCUAAAGUUCCAAGAGCGUACGUAAAUGCAAUGAGUCAAACUAUGCCGGAACAAAAUCUAGUUCAUAUCGGCUCCAAAACAGUGGUUUAUAAUAAUGCUGAUAUGCAAUAUGGAGAAAAUGAUGUAUUAAAUCAGCGCGUAAUUGUAAACACUCUUCUAGAAGAAGUCGUUCAGGAUAGUUUUAUUCAACUCGAGCAAGAUGGUCUCCUGUCUCCCGAAAAAAGCGACAAGUUUUCAAAUGUCCGGUGCUCUUUAGAAAUAGUCGAGCUACCCUAUACAGAUAUGGUAUCAAUAGAACAUCAAAGCCACUUGCCAGAGGGCAGUUCUGGUCAAAAAAAUAUUUCUGAUCAACAUCCACCGUAUUAUGCAGACAAUGAAUCCAUAGAAUUACAAAAUUUCUUAUCAGAGGGCAGUUUGAAUCAGCAACCUUAUUAUGGAGAAAAUGAACCGAUGGAACCACAAAACAACACACCAGAGAAUGGUUUAAAUAAACAGAAUAUCACUGGAUCGGUAAAACCGAUGACGACAUUUUGCGAAAUUGCCAGAUGUCGGCAUCUCGGUGCAGAAAUUUCCAAAAGUCUCCAAAAAUAUCCGCGCAAAAGUUCUUUGAGGACUAGCGAUAGUUUAACUUUCGGUAUCCCUAAAAAGUCAGUAGGGUUCGUAGGUCCAUUAAUAGACAGCAGUCAAAACGAUACUACAAAGGCAACUCCAGAUAAAAAGUCAUUGACGUCCAGUGAACUUGAAGAUCGUUUAUCUAGACAACAGCAGUGCAUGAACACCACAACGGUGCCAGUUAUUGACAGCUUGUUACUCUACAAAGGCUACACCAGACCAACUAGCGCUGCUAAGGGGAUAAACUCAUUGGGCAAUAUUGAAGAACUCAACGAGGAAGAUUGCAUUACCAAUUUGGAGAGUGAUGAUCGAAAAUUCCAUAGCAUUUACCAUGAUUUUGAUAACAGGAAAGAAACUGCAUUAUUCAACAUUGGUCGAUCAUCACCUGCGGCAACAAAGAAAAGUAUUGUAAAUGAAGAAAGUAUUUACCAUCAAUGCUGUGGUGUUAGUAAGGAUAAAAGUGACCAUAAUGGGUCAAACUACGUUUUCUUUACUCAUAGUUUGAUGAAUAUGCUAGCAAAAUCCGCCCUCUCCGACAACGUUCGAUCAGUUUUGACACUUCCCCAUCACAACGUAAAGGAUAUCGGUGUGCAGGUUUAUGUGACUAAGGAAGCACCGAGGCAACCCUCAUUCCUUUGGAAGUGUCUGUUCUUCUUAAUAUCGGCGAUUAUAAGACUAUAGAACAUUUCGUAAAUUUUGAAAACGUCUAUAAAGCAUCCCGAAUUUGUUGGUACCAUCAACAAUGAUUUU